GCGGCUCAGAUCGGAGAAGAAAGUCGAGAUGGCUGGACGUCGAAAGUGUCCAACUUCAGGCUCUGCAGGCCGCCGAUUUCACGGAGAAUACUCCCUGACAUUCACUGUGCUCAUUCUCGGGUCUCUGCUGCCCUCAGGAUACGCACAGAAUGGACGGAAAAGCAGCCCGUGCUACGAUCUGAACGGAAAACCGCAGCGAUGUAUGCCCGAGUUCCGAAACGCUGCCUAUCAAAAUCCUGUCGAAUCGACGAAUUCGUGCGGCGACCCUCCCAUCCGAUUUUGUUUGCAAACCGGUGUUUCUGGGGCCAAGCAGUCUUGCUCUGUGUGCGAUUCGCGGAUCCCCAACCUGUCCCAUCCCCCGACAUUCCUCACUGAUUUCAAUAACAAUGAGAACCAGACUUGGUGGCAGAGCGAGACGAUGUUUGAGAGCAUCCAGUAUCCGAAUCACGUCAACCUCACCCUUAAACUGGGUAAAGCCUACGAUAUUACGUACGUCCGGUUAAAGUUCCAGUCUCCACGACCGGAGAGUUUUGCCAUUUACAAACGCACCUCGUCUAAUGAUGAUUGGAUGCCAUACCAAUAUUACAGUGCCUCCUGUGAGACGACAUACAGCGUGCAACGCAAAGAAUACAUCACCCGCCAGAACGAACAACUUGCUAUUUGCUCACCGGAGUACAGUGAUAUCUCACCGCUCAGCGGUGGAAACAUUGCUUUCAGUACACUGGAGGGACGACCCAGUGCAUACAACUUUGAGAAUAGUCCUACUCUACAGGAAUGGGUAACAGCCACCGAUAUCCGCAUCGUGUUGACACGACUCAACACGUUUGGAGACGAAGUGUUCGGAGACAAGAAUGUGCUACAGUCCUACUUCUAUGCCAUUUCUGAUAUUUCUAUUGGUGGCCGAUGCAAAUGUAAUGGUCACGCCAGCCGUUGUGUUGAGAGUACAAGCGAGACCGCUCCUCCGCGCCUUGUGUGUCAGUGCGAGCACAAAACCACAGGCCCAGACUGUGGCGAGUGUGAAUCGUUUUACAACGAUCGCCCGUGGGCGCGGGCAACAUCCACUAAAGCUAAUGAGUGCACAGAAUGUCAGUGCAGUGGGUUGGCAACUAGUUGUUACUUCGACCAGGAUCUCUAUGAGCAGACGGGCCAUGGCAGCCACUGCCUUCGCUGUCGAGAGAAUACUGAUGGGCCGCAGUGUGAGAAAUGUCUCGAGAACUUCUACCGCCGGGCGUCUGACAACCGAUGUGUUGACUGUCAGUGUGACCCUGUUGGUUCAACUACGACGCAGUGCGAUACGAAUGGCCGAUGCCGGUGUAAGCCAGGCGUCGUUGGUGAGAAGUGUGACGAGUGUCAGUCUAAUCAUUAUGAUUUUGGAGCAAACGGAUGUCGGCAGUGUGAAUGUCUGGUUGCCGGUAGCGACAAUAAUGACCCAAGAUGUCUGCCUAACUCGGGUAUCUGUCAGUGCAAGGAGUUUGUAGAAGGACAGAACUGUGAUACGUGCAAGCCGGGUUACUUCAACCUCGACGAGGACAAUCCAAAAGGCUGCAUCUCCUGUUUCUGUUACGCUCACUCGUCCGUCUGUACGUCUGCCCCUGGAUACAAGGCGAAAUUGAUCGCGUCAGACUUCAGUCAAGAUGUUGACUUGUGGAAGGGUGUGAGCGAGGAUGGCGCCGAGGCACCACUUCAGUACGAUGGUCGCGAGGCGACGAUCGCCCUCAACUCAAAUGGACCCACCAUGUAUUUCACAGCACCUGAGCGUUACCUUGGUGAUCAACGCUUCAGUUAUGACCAAGACAUUCAAUUCACCUUACGAAUCGGCCCAGGCGAACAACCUCGUCCCUCACGUACUGAUCUCCUAAUUGAGGGCAGUACUGGACAACUCUCCGUCCCUAUCUACGCCCAACGCAACAACAGGAACGACAUGCCCUCAGACGGUUACCAGAAUUACACAUUCCGACUUAAUGCGCACCCAGACUAUGAGUGGUUGCCACGACUACAACCAGUGGAGUUCAUCAGCAUCCUCGCUGACAUCAAGGCAAUCAAAGUCCGAGCGACGUACACAGCCCAAGGCGUAGGAUACUUGAAAGAGUUCCAGAUCGGGUCUGCACAGCGUAAUGGUGGGCGUGAAGGAUCGUGGGUGGAGCAGUGUACUUGUCCGGAAGGAUACGUCGGGCAGUUCUGUGAGUCGUGUGCCCCCGGCUACCGACAGGAUCCACCGAAUGGAGGUCCCUACGCUCGCUGUGUCCCGUGUAACUGUAACAAUCAUUCAGACAGCUGUGAUGUAGCUUCAGGUCGAUGCAUUUGUGAACACAACACUGCCGGUGACAACUGUGAGAAGUGUAAGCCAGGUUACUAUGGUUAUGCUCUCAGCGGUACCCCAGAUGACUGUAAGAAGUGUCCCUGUCCAAACAGCGGUGAAUGCGUGGAGCUUCUGAGUGGUGAUGUUGCCUGUACAAACUGUAACCCUGGCUACGCUGGCUUGCGAUGCGAGUUCUGUGCCGAUGGCUACUCUGGCGACCCCAAUGGACAGUUUGGUGAUGUGAAGCCUUGUGAGAAGUGUACCUGUAAUGGGAACAUCGACCCUAACGCUGUAGCUAACUGCAACACGACGUCCGGAGAGUGCUUGAAGUGCGUCUACAACACAGCUGGAGCAAACUGUGAUGAGUGUCUGCCGGGUCAUUGGGGGGAUGCCCUCACGCUGCCUAAGGGCAGUCAGUGCAAACCUUGUGACUGCUAUCCACCUGGUACCUUUGAGAAUCCUGAGAAGGUGAUGCAGUGUGCCUUGAACGAUGGUCAGUGUCCCUGUAAGCCUAACGUAGAGGGUGGCAAGUGUGAUGUCUGCGCUGAAGGUUACUACAAUUUGGACAGUGGAAAUGGCUGUGUGCCCUGCAACUGUGAUUCGGUCGGCUCAUACAACCGGAGUUGUGAUGUGAAGACUGGACAGUGCUACAACAAGCCCGGUGUGGGAUCUCUCACAGCAGGCAGCUGUCUGCCAAAGUACUACGGAUUCUCUUAUGAAGGGUGCUCACCAUGUAACUGUGACCCUGUGGGUUCCACGGAUCUCCAGUGUGAUGAGCGAGGUCAGUGUCCAUGCAAGCCAAACAUCGUCGGGAAGAAAUGUGACUCGUGUGAGGAGAAUAAGUACAACAUCUCAGCUGGAUGCAUCGCGUGUGCACCUUGCUACUCGCUCAUCCAAGAACGGGUCAGCAUUCAUCGUCGGAAGCUCUAUGAUAUGCGCGACCUCGUUUCAAAUGUUGGCAAGAAUCCUGGGUCGAUCAACGACACAGACUUCCAAGAUCGUAUGGUCGCUGUCAAUGAAUCCGUCAAUAACCUGCUAAAUGAUGCCAGGAAAGCUAUUGGUGAGGACAGUCCGCUUGCUACCCAACUCCAGGAGGUCCGUGUAUCCAUCGACAACCUACUCAUCCAGAUCAACAACGUCAACGAGACGAUUUCCAUGUCAGCGGAUAACGCCAUCACCGCCAUGAUGGAUAUCAUGGAUGCAGAGGAAGCACUGAAGAGAGCAGAAGACGCCUUGACUAAAGCGGAGAGUUAUAUUGAUAUCGAGGGUCGUGGUGCCCUGCAGCAGGCGAGGGAGGCUCAGCAGAAGUUUGGUCAGCAGUCGGGCAGGAUGACGGAGAUAGCCAAGGAAGCUAGAGAUGUCUCUACUCAGCAAGAGAAGUCCUCAAAGGCCAUUGUGGUGGUUGCAGAUGACGCUCUCAAGACAUCAAAAGAGGCCCUCGAGCUGGCGAAGCAGUCCGUGCAGAAACCACGAGAAGUCUCCAAUCAGGUUGAACAGCUCAAGCAAAAUGCAACUGGAGCUGAGAGCCGAUACAACAAUACACGAGACCUUGCGAUGGAGGCUCUCAAGACGGCGCAGGAUACAUACACCGAGUCUCUAAAGAUCUACACGGAGGCCGACGGUCUCACCGUACCCGAUAUUGAUGCCAAACAACUCAAGGAUGAUGCACAGAUGAUCGAAAAAGAGUCGAAGGAACUAAAGGAUGAAGCGGACAAACUGAUCAGCGACAACGACAAGCUCCUCCAGGAUGUCGAGAAGCAGAAAUCUGAUGCGGAGAAUCUCCUUCUAAGUGGCCAGCGAGCACAACAGGUCGCUGAUGAGUUACUAGCAGACGCCGACGUCGCCAAGAGCAUUGCUACAGACGCCAUCUCUUCGGGAGAGAAGACGCUCAAAGAUGCUAAUGACACGCUUAGGAUUCUGAAAGAGUUUGAUGAGAAGGUGAAAGAGAGCAAAAAGAAGGCUGAGGAGGCUCUUCAGGAGAUCCCAAACAUCCAACAGCAGAUUGAGACGGCCGAGCAGAAGACGGUCGAGGCGAGGAACGCCCUCUCUGGGGCCGAGUCAGAUGCUAACAUGGCGAGGGAUAUUGCCCAGGAGGCGCAGAGGAUAGCUGAGAUGGCUCAGAUGGUGGCUGGUCAAAUCAAGGAUGGUGCCGAGAGUGCCAAGAAUCGUGCCGGGAAGCAGAAGGACAAGGCCGGCAUGUUGGAAGAGGAGGUGGAUGCAUCAAGGAAACGCUUGGAGGAACUGGAGAAGAAGGCAAUGGACGAUGAACAGAUUAUCAGACAGGCUUUGGUGAAGGCUGACGAGUCUAAGAGAAGUGCUGGAGAAGCUUCGAAGAAGGUGCUAGAAGCUCUCAAUGAUGUCGAUGGAAUCCUUAACCAAAUGGCGGAUCGAGGUCAAGAUGACCUACAAGGGAGAGUUUGGCGCUAUUGGUUAUCGAAUGCGACUGCCAAGAUCGACAUGGUCGACAUGAACCGGCUCGAGUACCUAGAGGGUCUCCUCGCCAAGGCUGAAGAAGACCUCGAGAAAGCCAAGCUUGACGAGCGCUACAAUGACAUGCUCCGUGCCCGCACCCAGCAGACGCGAUGGGUCAAAGACUACACAGAUGAGCUCAUACAGUUACGUCGUGAUGUUGACAAUAUUAUGGAGAUCCGUGAUAAAUUGCCAGAUGGUUGCUUCAAACAAAUCAAGAUUGAGGUGCCGCAGGGUUAAUUCCUCACACCGUGUAGGAAAUAUUUACACAAAUGUUGCAUGAUGGGAGGAAACAAUGUGAAAUUUACAGAACUUUCAACCAGGACUUGUUUUGGAAAUUCAUGUCUUGACAUUUGAUGAAAAUAGGUGUGUCGUCUGCACACACUAUUGUUAUUUUCAUUGGUUUAUGAAGUCACAUGAUCUGCAUGCUGGGCAGCCAUUGGUUGGAUUGAUGUCGUCUGCUCAUGUUCCUCCCAUCGUUGCCAUAGUUAUAGGCCAGUGUUUAUUUACACAGUCUUAUUGUACAUGUUUAUAUACAAAUAUUUUUGAGAAGUUAGUGUAUGGUUGAUAAUGGAUUUUAGAGGGAAAAAGAUUUUAGAGUUGUCAUUGAAGGUCAUCUUGACCUUUUCCAUUUUAGCAAAUUUUAGUGUUCUUAGCUGCUGAUAAAAAUGUGCCAGCAGUUUCCUGCAAAAUACUCAAAUGAUGGUUAGUGCUGCAGCUGUUUUUUUUUACAACUGAGGGCACAAUUUUGAGAGCAGAACAGUUCAAACUGCAUACAUCUACCUGUGUAAAGAACUGUAUUAGUCGCAUGAGUUCAGAGUUCUCUGCAAUGAAAACUAGCUUCCCUUGUUUUUAGUUCGGAAACAUUCUACCCGUGGUUGGUAGAAGUUUAUUUCGCUGAAAUUUUAACUGCUGAAAAUGUUUUAGAAAUUGUGAUUGGUUUUUUAAAGUUUAAAAACUUUUUCUAAAUUUUGAAGUUUAUCGAAUGUAUCGGUCACAUGCUGCGAUGUGUAGAUAGAGAUUUUAUAAGAACGAUUUAUACAGAUUUGUUUUGACGUUUAGCUGGAGCUUGUUUCCAAGGCAACCAAUUUGUAGUGAAUCAUGAUAACAGAACUGCUGACAUGUAAAUAGUCCGGCAAAUUUAAAUCCUAAUUUCGAGGUCACAUCAAAUUUUUUCUAGUUGAUAACUUUUCGAGUCUUCCAGCUUUUAUGCCUUGUUCAUAUCAUGUGUCUGAACUUUGUCAGUGUUCUAUAUUUAAUCAAACAACUGUCAACCCUCAUCUCAAAAUGGACAGUCCCAACUAGGACAAGUCCAUUAUUGUUGGUAGAGGUUGAAGCACUUAUGAAUAUGCCCUCUGGUGGUGGUUUACAAACUAAAUGCAGCAUCAGGUUUUAUGACAAAUGACGAAACUCACUAUGGUGCUAUGUAUAAUUUGCAACAGUAAUCUGAAAUGCAUCUCUUAUGCAGUUUAGAGAGAUGGUCCUUGUCUGUUUGGUGAAGUUUGACUCGAUUGAUAACUUGCAACCGAUUCUCUGCCUGGACUAAUGAAGGGUCUUAUACUCAAUUGAGAUUUUCAUUUUAAUGCAUAGUUCACUAACAUCAUGUAUACCUCUUAUAUUUUAGCAUUUAUAAUGAAGCGUUUUAAUGUAAAAAUGUGUAUUGUGUAGUCAAAUGUAUUUUACAGAGUGUCCAAUGAAACAGUUUUGGGACACAUUUGUUGUAUGUGUAGUUUUAGGUUUUGUACUUAGUCUUGCUACUUUUUGAAGAUCUUCCGUGUCAUAGAAUUCCACCGAUUCACCUUUGAGAGUGACUCACACAUAAUAUAAUAAGAUAAUUGCACAUCUUUUUUCUCAUGACAAUCUUUCUUAUAAAAUGCAUUUUUCUGCUCCUUAGCUUCCCUUACCAUUGCUGCUUUUGCACUGCUGAUAUAUAUUUGCUUGCAAACAUGACAUCGUCUCUAUCUUUAAGAAUCAAAUCUGGUCAUGCUUUCUCUCAAAUAGCUUUAGCCUACUAAUAUAGUGCUACCAAUAGUUAAAAGUUUCAUGGUGAAAGAGUGCAUUCUCUAUUUCAUGGAGGUCUUCAAAAUAAGCCAAAUAUUAUCUUUACUCUUUGUAUUAUAGCAUACAUUUUAUAAGAAUCUCACACAACGAUGUAUACCAUGUUAUAAAUCAGAACACAGUUGAAAUACUCCAAAGAUUUGCCAAAAGCAAAGUAAUGUACAGUUUCUUUUGCAUGUUUUAUAGCGAGUUCUGCGAAAAAAUACUUACAAAUUUGUUGUCAACUCCUAGCCAGAGAAUUGGCCAGACUGCGUUGUUUCCAAACCUUUCUUUUGCUUUCAGUACUGUGGGAACUUGUGCUUGAGAGAACUACUUCCGUGCAUGCAGUUACUCCCUGGUCUAUAAUGGUCAAAUGUGACCUCUCUACAUGUUCUUGUGUACCAUAACUUUUCCGUUCCAAUAACAUUCUUCAAUAACACUAUUAAACUAUUGUUGACAAA